CUAGAAAUAUAAAUAAGAGUGCACAUACAUAUGUAUGUAUUGCAUACGAUACACAUACAUACAUAAUAUGCGAGCAUAAAGAAAGAUGCGCGUUGGGAAUUGAAAUUGGAAUUAAAAAAAACAAAUCUCGCCUACAACUAUUACUACGAUUAGUGCUCUUCUUGUUGUUGUUGUUGCUGCUGUUGUUUUGUUUUUGUUCUUGUUGUUCUUGUUGUGAGCAAAAAAAGUGUGAUAAAGUAACAGUAAAAAGCGUGUGGCGACAGAUCAAAAGAGAAACUGCGCGCGCGCUUCAACUUAAAACGAAAAAGAAAAGCGACGCGAGAGCGAGACAGCGCGUGAGGCUAAGCGAGCUUAUGCAAGAGCGAGAUAGCGUGCAUUUUAUGAUUGCCCCUUGAUUUGUGCCUUUGCCUUUCGGCUACACGAAAUGCAUUAAGUGAACGCUACACACACACACACACACACAGACACACAUACACAUACACAUACACAUACGAGCAUCUACAGAUUUAUGUGCGUGUGUGGGCGUGAAUGAGUGUCGCGCCACGCCGCGCCUUGUGCUUUUAAAUUGACAGCUUAGCUUUUAGCUAAACGCCACAACACACCCCGCGCACCGCGCAACGAUCAUCAUCAUCAUCUCAUCAUCAUCGCAUCGCAUCGCAUAGCCUUAGAGGCUGUUUCUGUAAGAACAUUGCAAGAGCGACGACAAUUGAAAAUAUCGCGCGUUUAUCUAGAGGCUUUAAGCCUCGUGCUUAUGUAUAUGCACAUACACACACACACAUCUAUGCUAGCUGUGUGUAUGCGUGGGUGUGCCUUGGCUAAAGCCUGUGACAGCGACAGAGACUGCGACUGCGACAGCGACAGCGACAGCGACAGCGACUGAGGAGCAGGCGUGCAACGGUAAGCGGUACAACAAGGCAAAUCAACACCACUAUUGAAAGUGGGAAGCGACAGAGAUUGAGAUUGCGUUUCAUAUAGCGGCCGCAGCGCAGUUUACGAGUGUCCAUCACCACUACAACACCGUGGCAGCAAUGGAAGACUAUUGGGGUCUUAGCAGCACUACGGAUAUAAAUUGCACUCAGCCCGCCAUUGACGAUUUCCCCAGAGAUCUAUUCACGGAGGCGCAAAGACAGUCCGGUGCUGUUGUACUUCAUGUUAUAGCCAGUUUAUAUUUAUUUGUAGCAUUAGCAGUAGUAUGUGAUGAGUACUUUGUGCCAGCUGUUGAGAAAAUAUGUGCAGCACUCAAUAUGUCUAACGAUGUGGCGGGAGCCACAUUUAUGGCCGCAGCCACAUCCGCGCCGGAGCUAUUUGUCAAUGUGAUAGGCACAUUCAUCACAGAGGGCGAUAUUGGUGUUGGCACCAUUGUUGGCUCCGCAGUGUUUAAUAUAUUGGCUGUUGCUGCCUGCUGCGGUAUUGGUGCUGGCAUGACUAUACCCUUGGACUGGUGGCCACUGACGCGAGACAGCAUCGCCUAUGGCGUUACAGUGGCCAUUCUGAUUUGUGUUAUGCAUGACGAGCGUGUGGAAUGGUAUGAGGCUUUAAUUUUGGUAUCGCUCUAUGCGGUAUAUUUGGCAGUCAUGUAUUUUGAUAAAUCCUUUCAAAGGUGCGCCAAGGGUGGCGUUAAGCAGGCGCGUUCGCGCAGUCGCUCGUCCAACUGCAGCAUACAUACGAAAAACAGCAAUGAAAAGGAACCAGAGCUUGUGGAGAAUCGCAUUUGUCAGAACAUGGCCAGCAUACAACUAAACGGCGGCCUCAAUAACGAUCAAACCAAGUCCAGCAGCACUGCCGGCACCGCUGGUAAUGUGGGAGGCGCUGCAACUGCAGCGAAUGUGAUUGCUGCUGCUGGUGCUGGUGGUGGCGCUGGCGGUGGCGCUGGCGGUGGCGCUGUCGCCCCCAUAGCUCCUGUCGUGGCUGUGCUGGACAAUGCUGAGGCUGAGGCCCAACUGGCUGGCAGUGCAGAGCCACCCGAACAGGAGGGCUACUCAUUGCUGACAUAUCCCAAGGCCGCCAGCUGCUUUGGCCAAUUCACUUGGCUCAUCAUUUGGCCCAUACAUCUGCUGUUCCGCAUUGCCAUACCCGAUUGCAAAAAGGCCAAGAAUAACAAAAUCUUCCCGCUCACUUUCAUCAUGUGCAUUGUCUGGAUUGGCUCGCUAUCGUAUGUCGUCGCGUGGAUGAUAACCAUCAUUGGCGACACACUUAAGAUACCGGAUUCCGUAAUGGGUAUUACGUUUUUGGCUGCCGGCACAAGUGUACCCGAGGCAGUGUCCAGCGUAAUUGUGGCCAAGCGCGGUCACGGCUCCAUGGGUAUUUGCAACUCGAUUGGCUCGAAUACGUUCGAUAUACUCUUAUGUCUGGGUGUGCCUUGGCUGAUCAAGGCUGUCUUCUUUCCCAUACAGCCAGGUCAGAAUUAUGUGGCCAUCAAUUCGGCCGGCUUGGAGUAUUCGGCCAUAACACUGCUAUCCACACUAUUUCUGCUCUAUCUAACAUUCUCGAUGAACAAAUUCAAGCUGGACAAGAAGGUGGGCAUUGCCUGUUUGGUCAUCUAUUUGGUGUUUAUGGUAUUCGCGUCACUCAUCGAGCUCAAUGUGUUCUUUCGCGUCAAUCUGCCAACAUGUGGACGAUCAUGAGCAUUGUGGGCAGCAAGCCCAGCAAUCCAUACAAAAUAAUAAAACUAUAACUGAUAACUGGAAGAGCUGUUAUUGAAGUGCUGAGAGCAGUAUCCAACCAACCACAACCACAACCACAGCAACAACAUAAAAUCUAUAAAAAAAAGCAAAAAACAGAAAAAAAAAACAAACUUAUUUUUUGGAUCCUAACUUAGCUAUUAACUCAGCAAAGUGCAGUCGUUUUAAUUAAUUAAUAUGUAUGUCUUUUUUCUUCCUGUUCUAUUCUAUCUACCUACCUUGAUAGUUGAGUUACCUUAUGCUAUAACGUUAUGCUGUUAUUGUAAUACGUUUUUUUUUUGUGUAAUUAUUACUAUUAUUAUUACGAUUAUAAAUAUUAAAGUAGUUGAACAAUCGGUCGCGAUGGCAGUCGCCGUGAUGACGUCAAGUGAAAUGAGAUGAAAAACCAAAACCAAAAUCAACAAAAACAAAAACAAAUUCAAUAAUGUAUUUAUAUGAUUAAUAUAUGUAUGUAUGAGAUUUUAACAAAAGUAUCGCAGUGUA